UUGAUGUUAAAUUGAUCAAAGGAAACAGUUAUCACUUGCUCUAUGAAAGGAAAUAUUUUGGUUCCUUAAAAUAUUUUUCUAUAUUUUACACUCUUUGUCUUGAAUAUUAGUGUAAACCUGGAAAUCCGCAUGACGUUAUAACUUCUGUGUUCUCACUUCAUUAUACUACUGAAAUGGAGUCUCAUCCUCUUAAUUUGGCACAUCAACAACAUCGCCGUGCUGAAACUCAUCUCGUGAACAAUAGAUAUGAUGAAGCCAUGCAGUGUCAUCAUAAUGCUGCUGAAUUACUUCUAGAUGCUAUGAAGUCAACCACUUCCUCGGUGGCUUUGGAGUCUAUCACGCUUCAGCACAGUUAUCAUCUUAAACAAAAAGACUUAAUUAAAAUUAAGAAAGAACAGUAUGCCCGAGUGAAAAAAGCAAUUGACAAUAUAAAAGCUUUAAGUAAAGAACCUCCAAAAAUCCUACAACCGAAUGAUUGUUCUAUGAUUCAAGUAGCUAUUUUUAGAACGAUAAAUCAUAAUGAUUCUUUGUUACAAAUAUUAACAAAUAAAAAUGAUGAUGAAGAACCAAUAGUAAAACACAAAGUGAUAAAAGAUGAUAUUCCUGAUGGAAAAAUAUUGGAAAAAUCUCAAAACACUGUUAUUGAAGAGUUACAAGUUUUGAGUCAAAAUUUACGUUCAUUUGUUGAACAAUUAGUAUUGGAAGUUGAAGUAUUAAAAGAUGAAAAUAUGGCACUAAAAGAGAGAGUUAAUUAUUUAGAAAAAGAAAGAACUAGAUAUAUGAAUUUUCCAUUGCCUCAAAAUGAUUUUAAUAACUAUCAGCCUAAUAUACCGUCCAUUGAAGAUUUAUCUAAUGACUUUGCACAAAAGUUACCUAUUCCCAAAGCAUCAGAUAAACCAACAAUAAUUCCUUCAGUAUUUCCAGUACCUUCUUCAAGUAUUGAGAGGCCCAGUCAACAAACACAUUUUGAUUUGAGUGCAUUAAAAAAUAAUUAGCACACUUGAAUAAUAUAGUCAAAAUUUGUAAAUAGUUUAUAAGAAUUUAAAUUACAAUGUAAUGCACCUAUAUAACAUUUAAUUUUUACAACUCAUUUAAUAAAUAUAUUUUGUACUUAGAUAAUGUAGAUCAUCAAGCCUAAAAAACAGGUCAAUUAACCGACUCAUUUUUUUAUUAUUGUUCUGUAUACUUACAUACAUUAUGCACUUUGAUGUAUCUAUAUUUAAUAAAUAAAAAGAUGCAAAAAUAUAGGAGUUGUAAAGGAAAUAUUCAUAACUAUGUAUCAUGCAAAUUGUCUGAAAAAGUUGACCCGCUUUUCUUGAAGCAUUUGUAUAGAAACACUAUCUAUAUAAUCUAAGGUUUUGUAUUGAAAUACUAGACAUGGAUAGGAAAAUAAAAUGAGCCUGUCAUUAUAUAUUCACUAUUUGAGCUUUUAAAAUAGUUGACAUUAAUAAGUCAUAAAAUUAUACAUUGCCCUGAUUUCUUGGUCCUAGAGACUAUGAUUGACUAGAUAAAUAUUUACCUAUCCUAAAUCAUUUACUUAUUUUAUCUAUUAGUCUACUCUUUUUCUAAUCUAUGUAACAAUUUAUUCUUGUAUAUGGCAAAGUAUUAAUUGUUAUUUCUGGUUUAUACUAUGUGUUGUGUAUUAUAUUUGUUGUGACUUUGAAAAUAAGUAAACUAUUUUGUGUUCCAA